GAGGCGGUGUGAGGGCCUAUACGCCUUUCCCACUGUCUUCACUGACAUGCAGAUUCGUUGACCUGUUAGUGUUGCCUAGUGCUAACCAUCUCAGUUCUUAUUGUCUGAUGCUGGACUAAAAUCAGGAUGGCCCUAAUUGGUUCCAAUUUCGAAAAUUAUCACUAUAGUAAAAUUGUAAUGAUUUUAUAAUCGUAUAUUAAAAGGGGCAUUAAGCCUGUACCAGACUAUUGCGAAUUUUAUUUUUUGGGUUGUUGGCCCUCGUUAUCUUUUUAAACUGCGAGUAACUUCUUGAACUGCAAGCAAGCAGAUUACAACAUCAUGGCAAGCAGCGCAAUUAUCAACAAGUCAUCAACUCCAAAACUAGGCCCCAAGACGGACUAUCCAAAUCUAUAAAAAGGAAGUGUCUCCAAGUAUCACCCUCCCCUUUCCUUGAAAAACCUUACACCAUAAUGUAGGUUUUGGCACAAAGUUGUGCGCUAUCUAGAUUUAGUCUAGAUCUGUAGUCUGAGUCUGAGAGCGGGGUGUGUUGUCAAACUGAGCGGGCAAGGACUGAAAAAAAUAAAAACAAAAGCAAAGCCAGCCCGUUCUGCGGUGUUGAGCAAUGCAGGAGGGGCAUCUUUUUCUCCCUUUGUAUUAGCCGGUUCACAGUCCUUAACGAGUAAAUUAGAAUACUGCAGUGCCAUCAGUUUAUAAGACAUAUCUGGCUCGUGUAGUUUUUAUUAUGAAUUGUGUUUUAUCUGUACACACUUAAAAAUUGUGUUUUUUAUCGCCGGGACAAUUUUUCGUGGGCUGCUCAAAGGAGAGUCACCGUCACUGGUUAUCUCAGCCCCUCCUCUCUGAGCCCCAGACCUGGGCUAUGUUGCAAUGUUGUGAUAAAAAUCUGUUUUUCUUUUAGAUCUGUCAGCCAAUUUAGUCCGUUGGUAGGCUGCUUCAAAGGUUUCGCAAUAACAAUGAGUUCGAAGAGGUGAAGAAACCGCUGGGAUUUUCCUCAUUCUAUUUCUUCAGAGGAAUUUAUGGGUUGUUGACUAAGACUGUGACAGUUUGAAGGUUCAGAAGCUUAUCACGGCAAUAGUACAGAUUAACGCACUCCCAGGAUGCCUAACUCAUCCUGUACAAGUUUUCCGGACAACCCAGAUCACUGUGAUGUCAUUAUUGCAGUGCGACAGGCCUCGGGAGCAUUCUCCCUCAUCGGUUGUGUCUUCAUGAUAUUUAUCAUCUGGUUGUUCAGGAGAUAUGUUGUGUUUGCCCAGCGACUGAUUCUGUACCUCAGCAUUGGAGCCUUGAUGGACAGUAUCGCGUACCUCAUGAGUUCUUCCAUUGAAGAUGGUCCCUUCUGUGACUUCCAAGGGUGGUGGCUGACGUUCUUUGGUUGUACCUUGGUAUUUGCUGGGUGGUGCCGCUGAUCAUUUCCUGCCUGCCUUUUGCUGGAGACGUGUACGGCCCCGCGGGAGCCUGGUGCUGGAUCAUUGAAGACAUAUCCUGGAGAAUUGGCAUGCUUCCAGUUGGGAAGGCACAUACGACCCUGACACGGAGAGGCAACACCAACUGAUGAAAGAGGACAUCAAGCCACUGAGGGUGUACCCGUUCAUCUACUUGGCUGUCUCCCUCUUCCCUCUCAUCAACAGGAUUCAGAACGCCUUUUCCCCGGAGAGCCAUGUGUUUGUCUUGGUCCUGCUUGCGUCCAUUUCUUCACCACUUCACGGUGCCCUGAACGCCAUCGCAUUUGGCCUGGACAGGGAGACUCUCACCAAACUCCGGCCCAACGAGAUUCGGAUGGCGCUGCGGUCAAAGAUGGCCCCGCGGGCAACGAUCCAGGAGUAUCCACAACCGGAUCGAGACACGGACCACCUGCAAUACUAAGGGAGGGCAGUCACCUGUCUUGUGCAGCUUUUAACCAAUCAUAUCUGUGUCAUGACGAGGUGGAAUCGGGCGCUCGCCAAUUUUUUUUUACAUGUAGCCUAUUGAUUUUUUUAUAUCAUUUUAAAGUCUGUUCAUAAUUUGCCUAAAGUAGAAUAAGCAUUUGUCACAUUUGACUUUUGUUUUUAAAAAAUGUUUUAACUUUUUUGGGAGGGAUUUUUACUUUUUUUUUUGGGGGGGGGGGGGGGGGGGGAGACGUUGGUUUGGGGAUUCAUUUUUGGCUGGUUGGAGGGCGGGGUUCUGGGAGUUGUUGUUUUUUUGUUUUGCUUUUUCUUGGUUUUUUUUUAUUGUUUGUUGUUGUUGUUGUUGUUGUUUUUUGGGGGGAGUGGGAUAAUCAAUGCUGUGCUUUUUGCUUGUUAUGGUUGUUUCUGUUUUUGUACAUUCAGCCAAUCGUGUUGUUUGUAUUUUGAACACAUUGGGUCCUGCCAAAGAAGUGUUCCUGUCUGCGUAAUGACAUAAGUUACUUUUACUAAAAGCAAGAGUGUUCUCAGUGUUCAGUCUGAAGUUUACUUAUACAUGUAUUUGCUAAAAUUGAACCAGCUACUUAGAAGUGUUUCUAUUUUAUGUUUGUUACUCUCUUGUAACACUUCUAAUCUUCAGCACUGUUUGAAAAUUAUUGAAUAAGCGCAUAAUUUGACGUUGUAAAAUUUUUCUCAAGAUUUACUGUUGUUAUGUAUCACAUGACAGCUUACACAUUUGUACUUAGCCAACGUAAUUCUCCUUGUGAGUUUGGCAUCCAACGCAAGCAUAAAUGCCAAAACGACACGACAAUUUAUGAAAAAUUUUGCCAAGACAUUAUAUCGCAGCGAGGAAAGCUACCCUUUUCGCAUAUCCAGCAUACUUAUGUUUAUAGACGUUUUGUAGGUGGUUAGCGGGUGCUGUGGUCAUGUGGUGUGCUCCUUCUGUCCUAUCAAAAACGAUCUUCCUUCUCUUUCCUCCUCCUUUUUUGUGUUUGUUACUCUCUUGUAACACCUCUAAUCUUCGGCACUUAUAUGACCUUAUUGUGUUGCAAGUGCCGUAAAACUCUUACUAAAACUAAGCUACUUAGAACGAACGUUUUCUCAGUGUUCAGUCUGCAACAUUGGAGUAAUUGAAUUAAAAACCUGUCAGUUUACACAGGUAAAAAUCACACCUCCUCAUUUCAAAACAUGUAAAUGUAAAGAGGGUAUUCAUGUCAUGAAAACAUAUAUUAUUAUUAUGAAUUUGAGUUUGCAUUCUUGAAACAUUACAGCCUGAAUAGUUUGCGUAGGCUACCAUAUAUAUCUUACGACGUUGUGGAAUCAGACGCUCGUCAAUUUUUGCGCAUGUGGAAUUAUUGGUAUUAAUAGCCUGUCCAUGUGCCUUGCGUUCA